AUGGUCAAACAACGAACUACUAAUAAUGGAACAACUGCAGCGAUCACAAAAAGAACUUCUGCUCAAGCCGGGAGUACCGUUGCAAAGGCACGUGGACGAAAGUCAAAUGUUGGCGCAAAAGCAUGA